UGCGCUAACCACCAACUAUUCUUAAUUCUACGCUGGUUCCUUACGGCCGUGGUAAUCCUCUUCCUUUCUUCAAGGCACACAGAAGACAUGAGGAUCCUGCUAGCAUCCCUGGUGGUAGUGGUGACAGCGGGGACAGUCGCCACCCAAGAGGUGCUGCCCUUCCUGAAAGCAGUGCCCGACACCACCUUUUCGUGCGAGGAGCGCCCCUACGGGUACUACGCUGACGUCGAAGCCGACUGCCAGGCCUUCCACAUCUGCCUUAACGACCUCAAGUGGUCCUUCCUCUGCCCCAACCAGACUCUCUUCAACCAGGAAUACUUCGUGUGCGACCAUGCCAUCAAUGUGGAUUGCUCAGUGGCCACCACCUUCUAUUCUCUCAACGACAACUUUGGCAAGGUCGACGACACGACGGAGACUGCGACAGAGUGAGCCUUCAGCCUGAUGCCCAAUCAACCAAAUCUGAUCAAAGACGACCUCCAUAUUAGCCUUGUAGAUAAUCCCUUUGCUAUGUAUACCAAGUUUUGACAUAUGUUAUAAUCUUGGGGGUAAAACUCUUCAGGGACAGGUAUAAAGGGUAACUUAUGGUGUGUGGUUUUUCUUAUUGGGGAUAAAAUAUAGUUGGGUUUAUAAGUACAAGCUAUACAUCGAACGUAUAUAUGGGUAUACAUCGAAACGAAUAUGAGUAGCAACACUGCCAAGCCUGGGCAGACACACUGGUUUGACAAAAUGAGUACCUGGAGGAACUUUUAGUGAAGCCUAGCCUGUGGAGACAUACUAGUACCUGGAGGAACUUUUAGUGAAGCCUAGCCUGUGCAGGCACACUACUUUGACAAAAUGAGUACCCAGAGGAACAUUUAUUCAAGCCUAGACUUUGCAGACACACAGUUUUGACAAAAUUAAUACCUGGAGAAACAUUUAGCCAAGCCUAGCCUGUGCGGACGCACUGCUUUGACAAAGUGAGUACCUGGGGGAACAUUUAGUCAUCUUAGCCUGUGCAAACACAUUGCUUUGACAAAAUUAAUACCUGGAGAAACAUUUAAAACCUAGCCUGUGUAGAAGACACUGCUAUGAAAAAAUAAGUUCCUGGAGUAACAUUUAUUCAAGCCUAGUAUGCAUAAUGUAAUGUAAUACUCCUUAUUGCAGGAGUAAUGUACUUCUUUGGCACCAUUACAUGGAUAUUGUUCGUUAUAUUUGCUAUUCAUAGUUCAACGAGCUAGGUUAAAAAUGCUUGGUCAUUAAUUGUUCACUGAGUUACUGUUAAGUAUGUUCCAGUUAUUCAUUGUUUACAGUUACUAUGUAUGUCCCGGUUAUUCAUUGUUCACUGAUUUACUGUUAAGUAUGCUCCCGUUAUUCAUUGUUUAUACAGCUACUUUGUCUCGGUUAUUCAUUGUCCACAGUUAUUAAGAAUACCCUGGUUAUUGUGUUCACCAAGUAAUCGUCAAGUAUGGCCGGAUAUUCAAUGUUCACCGAAUUAUCGUCACUUAAUAUGCCUCGGGUGUUCAUUAUUUACUGAGUUAUCGUCAAGUAUGCCCUGAGUACUCAUUGUUUAUCAAGUAAUCGUUAAAUAUGCCCCGGUUAUUCAUUGGUCAUCGAGUCAUGGUCAAGUAUAUCCGGGAAUUCAUUGGUCACAGAGUAAAAGUUAAGUAUAUCCCGUGUAUUCAUUAUUCACAGCUAGUUACUGCUUUUCACUAUCAUAUUUGAUGUUACGGUGGCGGAAACGUUAUCAUUCCAUACAUCUCAGCGUCUUUAGCUUAGCUGUAGAACAAUAUAAAUUGUUUGUAAAUAUCUAGUCGAGGAACUCUGCAAGGCACUUUGUACCUAAAUACAUGGCCUGUUGUCCAGUUUUAUAGUGUAAUUGUAUAAUAAGACUAUACAACCAUUAAAUUGUAUGAAUUC